AAAGGGGAAGAACGGCAAUGGGCUGACCCAGAGCAUGCAAUUUUUCGUCACGAAUUCAAUUUAUAUCUUCCCCUCGUUCCAUUAAUGGCGGAUUCGAUUUCAGCGUCUUUCGUUGACCGAGGAAUCUUUUUCCCAUUGAAAUCGAAUCUUGUUAAGCUUGAAGUGGGAGAACUCAUUUGAUUGAUCCACCUUUCGUCUCUCUUUUUCCGAGUUCUUCCUGCUAUGCUGGCUUCAAACGGCGAUGUUUUGCUUGAUACUGGUCAUUCUCGUCUUAAUGAGCUUGGAUACAAACAAGAACUCAAGCGCGACCUCUCGGUGUUUUCUAAUUUUGCGUUUUCGUUUUCGAUUAUCUCGGUGCUUACUGGUAUUACUACUCUUUACAAUAAUGGGCUGAAUUUUGGUGGCCCUGUUUCGUUGGUUUAUGGAUGGUUGAUUGCUGGUGUUUUCACUAUGUGUGUUGGAUUGUCCAUGGCUGAGAUCUGUUCUUCGUAUCCUACUUCUGGAGGUCUCUACUAUUGGAGUGCCAAGCUUGCUGGUCCAAGUUGGGCUCCUUUUGCCUCUUGGAUGACUGGCUGGUUUAACAUUGUUGGACAGUGGGCUGUCACAACAAGUAUUGAUUAUUCACUUGCUCAGCUAAUUCAAGUGAUAGUUCUGCUUAGCACAGGGGGUAUAAACAAUGGAGGAUAUGAGGCAUCUAAAUAUGUAGUGAUUAUUUUCCAUGGUGGAAUUUUGUUGGUACAUGCUAUCAUGAACAGCCUGCCCAUUUCAUGGUUGUCUUUCUUUGGACAGUUUGCUGCAGCAUGGAACUUUUUAGGUGUUUUUCUUCUUACAUUUCUCGUUCCCUUGGUGGCAACGGAAAGGGCCAGCCCCGAGUUUGUCUUCACUCAUUUCAAUGCCGAUAACGGCGAAGGAAUUAACAGUAAACUUUACAUAUUUGUUUUGGGACUUCUGAUGAGUCAAUAUACUCUAACUGGGUAUGACGCUUCUGCUCAUAUGACAGAAGAAACGAUAGAAGCAGAUAAGAACGGACCGAGGGGAAUUAUUAGUUCUAUUGGGAUAUCAAUUGUUGUUGGUUGGUGUUACAUAGUCGGCAUCACCUUCGCCGUUACCAACAUCCCGAACCUUUUGGAUAAAAACAAUGAUUCUGGAGGUUAUGCCAUUGCUGAAAUAUUUUACCAAGCAUUCAAGAGCAGAUAUGGGAAUGGAGUUGGAGGAAUUAUGUGCUUAGGUGUGGUAGCUGUCGCGAUUUUCUUCUGUGGAAUGAGCUCUGUCACUAGUAACUCCAGGAUGGUUUACGCAUUCUCCAGAGAUGGAGCGAUGCCAUUAUCGUCAACAUGGCAUAAAGUGAACGGAAACGAGGUCCCCAUAAACGCAGUUUGGCUCUCCGCUUUAAUAUCGUUUUGCAUGGCAUUAACGUCUCUUGGAAGCACAGUGGCCUUUAACGCCAUGGUCUCUAUAGCAACAAUUGGUCUGUACAUUGCAUAUGCCUUGCCCAUAUUUUUUAGGGUGACUUUGGCAAGGAGAUCCUUUGUGCCAGGACCUUUCAACUUGGGUAGCUAUGGGAUCUUCGUUGGUUGGGUAGCAGUUCUUUGGGUGACGACAAUUUCGGUUCUCUUUUCGUUACCUGUCGAGUACCCGAUUACGAACGAGACUCUCAACUACACCCCUGUCGCCGUUGGCUGCAUGUUGAUCGUUACCAUUUCUACCUGGAUCUUGAAUGCUCAACAUUGGUUCAAAGGGCCUGUAACUAACAUACCAACUUGAAACUGUACACUAUGCAAAUGGUACUCCCUUCUUUUGAACAAUGAUAGUAAGAUUUUUUUUUUAGAUUAGCAAUA